AUGGUAUUGGAUGAGCAAGCGCAGCCGCUGCGGAGGGCCUGGUGUUUGUUUGAAAUUCUUCAAACUCAGCUACGCUCCGCUGAUCGUGGAAGUUCUUUUCAAGGACUUCUCCUUUGCACCUCCAGUGGAGUCCUACGAAAUGGUCAGGGUGGCAUCGAGAUUGCCAUGAAGGUGGCCAAUUGCUUAGCCAGCCUUGAUUUGAAAGACGCGAAGGCCAGCGAUGCGAAGGAUGAGGCAAUGAUCCGCAGUUUGGUGGAACACAUGCCUGGCGGUUUUCAUGCCACGAACUCCUUUGUGAGAAGAUCCAUUCGAGAUUGCUUGCUGGUCACCCACAAGAACUUCGAAGUGGACUUUGGCCGUUUGCUCACGAUCCUUUGGCCAACUGCCAGGUUUUUGUUGUGGUUCUUGCUGCUCAGCAUGUAG